GGAAAAUAGCCUUUUAGUUCUAUUGAUAAUUAGGUAGAAGACCAAACCAUGUGAUCCCUUAUUAAUUAGCAUAAAAAAAUGCAUAGAGAAUUCGACUGUAUACCCUUUAAUAUUUGUUAUAUAUAGUCUAACAUUUACAUUGAAAGGCAUCACCAAGUUCUUGCAAUAUCCUUAGACAUCAAAAGUUCUUUUGCUCUAUAAGUCUUUAUUAAUCUUUCUUCUUGUUCAUCCACACCGAGUUAUGGGUUUCCGUUUGCCUGCUAUUAUUCGUGCUAAGCAAAUUCUUCAAAGGUCGCCUUCUACAAGAAGCCAAACAAGUUCAGGAGUCAUGGACGUGCCAAAAGGCUACCUUGCAGUCUAUGUUGGAAAAAACCAAAUGAAGAGAUUUAUAAUUCCAGUAUCAUUCUUGAAUCAACCUUCAUUUCAAGAAUUACUAAGCCAAGCUGAAGAAAAAUUCGGAUAUGAUCAUCCAAUGGGUGGUCUCACUAUUCCCUGUACCAAGAGUAGAUUUAUUGAUGUCAUUUCUUGCUUAAACCAAUCAUAAAUCAUGAUAGAGAUGGUCGACACAAUUUUGUAAAGUACAGAGAUAGCUUAAUCAUUAAUCAAUUAAGUUUUUGUUUCUUCAUAUUCUGCA